AAAGAAGAUGGCUUUAAAUAAUUCAUCAUACAUGUAUAUGUUAAUUUGUUGGAUUUGUGUAUUUCUUGUUGAAGUUUGUGAUGCAAGAUUCAGGGCCAGAUUUCGGUUCAGGUACACCAGCUACAGCUCGUAUGGGUACUAUGGAUCCUCCUCUGGUUUGAGUGACGGAGCUAUUGCUGGUAUUGUUUCCGGUUCUGUCGUUUUCUGUAUCAUAUUAAUUUGUAUCAUCGUAUGCUGCUGCAGUAAGAAAAAAGAAGCGAACAAAGGUGUUGUUUUGCAUUAUAACCCAAACCAGCAAAAGAUCAACACAUCAAAUUGUAAGGCUGGAGUUACCUACCCAUCAAAUCCCUCCACAAGAACGGCUACUCCUGGAGUUAACUCCCCUUCACAACCUUAUCCAUACGGCACACAGUAUAAUACUGCAUUUCAGUAUGGAACAGAGGACCCAGACCGGAAGUAUGACAAAGCUCCACCACCAUACAACGCUUCAAAUGGACAAAAUAAUGUAACUACUUUGUCUCCCUACCACACACAAGGAACCGUUUCAGUAUCGAACAUAAAAGUACCUCCCCCAUAAAAGGAAGGACGUGUGAUAUAGUACUUUGAAAUCCUGAAACAUGAAACUAUAAUUUUAUAUGAAUAUAAUGUGUAAAACAUAAAUUGUACCAUGUAUACAUUUGUGAUUGUGAAAUACAUGUAUAUGCUCUGUCUUUCCUAUGUAUAUGUCUAUGCAAAUCAUAUGUAACAGGUAUUUUCAUUUGAAUUUAUUUUUU